UGAUCGUACGUCAUCGAUCGUAAAGUUUGAGCCGCCUUUCGUGGAACAGAAGACUUCCGCCAGCCAGCUAGGAGUGAUCGUGUACAGAGUGGUACAAAGUGCUACAGAGUGAUCGCGUUACGUACGUGAGUGACAAUGGUUCGACUACUGCCGCUGGUGUUGCUGGGCAGUCUGACUCUGGCAGCCGCCAGUCCUCAGAAAACGGUCACCACGUACCAUGGGAAUCUUUUCCCCGGCCUGGAAACCUCGGCAGUUGGUAGUACCCCGAAAUUGCUGCCAGAAACGGAUACUUCGGAAGAGCGCAUUUUGACCGGUGAUUUCUUCUCCUCGUUCCGAGACACCGCCAGCGGUGACGAUGCAUGCAGCUUUAAUAAGUACGCAUUUGACCACGAUGGUAUGGUGAAGUAUGGCAACCAACUGCCUGCUCUGUCUCAAUUUACGCUCUGCACGUGGAUGCGCUUCAUUAACCACACGGGCGACCAUACGCUCCUGACAUACUCUGUCGACGAAGAACCGCGCGAAAUACAGCUCUGGAUAUCGAACAGCAUGGGAAUGAGCUACAUCAGCCUUGCCGUUCACGGCCAGUCUCUGUUUAGGUUGAACUAUCCUUUCAAAAUGCGAAAGUGGCACCAUGCGUGUGCCUCGUGGAAUGGAAAAACGGGCGAGUGGCAGCUUUGGAUCAAAUCGGAGCGUGUAGGACGCGGAUUCCACAACCGGUUGGUUAAUUAUGAAAUCAAGCCUUACGGAGCACUGUUCUCGGGCGGCCCUUCCAUUACCGGGCCGACCGACGUCGGGCUGCACUUCGAGCUGACGGCCGUGCAGAUGUACAAGAUAGCGCUCAGUGCCGGCAAGGCUCAUCGCGACCAUAAGCAUCACCACGUGCAUCAUUUCGACCACAACGGAGGGGAGGUUACGUCCACCACGGCCCGCCCGCUCAUGACGGUAGCGCCACAACCUACGAACCCCCAACUGGCGAACGGACAAAUUCCGACGCGCGUCAAGAUUAACCUUGCGAACGGCCAGCAAAACAGCGGCAGUCUAGGCAUUCCUAUCAAGGGUCUUCCUUCGCAGCUGGUCGGAGGGUUUAGCCCAUCGGUCGGGCCCGGUGCCACCGUUACGACCAACUUUAUCAACGGCCAGUUCAGUACCGGUGUCCGGUUUCUACAGGAGCAACUGGCAACGACCAAUCUGCUCAGUCAGUUCCCGCAGCCGGGCCCUUCAUCGUUGCCAGCAUCGGUGAAGAGUAACGCUCCCUUCACGUUCCCAGACAGCAGCGGCGACUCGCUGUCAGCUACGCCACACGCUACGAACGGUGGAGCUUACUCGAUCGUCCAGCUUCCCACCGAUCUGGUAGCGCGCAAGAUCUUCAAGCGGCAAACGAGGCCAGCGUCCGUGGCGAAGGAAGCGAAAACCAAACGUGACCUUGUGCAGCUGCAGGACGGCUCACUGGUCGAGGGCUCCGAAUACAUCUUCGACGGGUUGGCCGAGUUUGGGUUGCCCGAGUUCAAAAACAAGCUGGGCCGCGAAACCGACAUCGAGGAUGAGAUUCGCGAGCACGAUAAGGAACCGGCCGAGGAAGAGGUACGAGCGGUGUUGAACAUCUGCUCCAAGUGUGCCCCGGAACCUUUCGCGAAGGCGCUGGUGUUUGCUUGGAAGGAUGCGACGACGGAGCCCGCAGGGGCUCUGCAAGCCAAGGCGUCCUCUCACUGCGGUCAUUUCUAGUGCUCAAGGUCCAGCGAAUGCCUCUUUUCCCGUUCUAGACCAGCGCACACUUAUUUAAAUACCUCAACCUUAUUAGAUUAUUUACGAAAGCCAUAGCCCCCCGUGUGUGUGUAGACAGGUGUAGAGAGUUUAUGUGUACUCAGAAAGGAAGACAAAAGUCGACAAU